AUGAGCACGUUGUCGUCUGCCCUGGAAGGAGCUACCUCUGCUUGCUGCAACCAGCCCAACAGGACAGUGCAUAGCAGGAGCUGGCUUCACAGCCUGGAGGAUGGUGACUCCAGGUGGAGUGACUGUGAGGCUGGGCACUCCAGCAGCGUGGCUGUCACGCUGCUCACCUGCUCCUGCGGGCUGCUGGGGAACGGAGCUGUCCUCUGGCUCCUCUGCUCCCGUGUCUGCAGGAGCCCCAUCACCAUCUAUGUCCUCAACCUGGCCAUAGCCAACUCCACCUUCCUCCUCUCCACCACCACUGCCCUGGUGAUGUUCUACACCCCGGAGUGCCUCUGCUGCAGGCUGGGCUCACAGGACGUGGGCACUGUGUUGAACGUCACCAUCCUCUUCGCUUUCACUGCCAGCCUCUACCUCCUGGUGGCCUUCAGUGCCAUGGUAACUCUGUCCAUCCUCCCUUCAUCCUGCUGCCCCUGCCGUGGCUCCUGGCACUUGCCAGUGUGUGCCCUGCUCUGGGCCCUCUCCUUCCUCCUCACCAUGACCCUCUACUUCUACCCUGCAGCAGUCAUGGUCUUUGUCCUGAGUUACUUCUUCUCAGUGCUUGCCUUGACUAUUUCUGGUCUAAUCCUGCUUGCCAGGGUCUUGUGCUGCUCUCAGCAACAUCCCCCAAGGAAGCUCUGUGUGGUGGUCCUGAUAGCUGUCAUCCUCUUCCUCUUCUUGACUGCUGAUUUUUGGUACUGGCUCUUGCUGAGGCUGUUUGAUUUUUCUGUGUUUGUCUUUGACACCUCUCUCCUGCUGGCCUCUGUGAACAGCAUCAUCACCCCUGUCAUCUUCUUUUUCCUUGGGAGCUGUGCAAACAGUUUCAUGUUCUCAGGUAAGGUUUCUUUCCAGGGGGGUUUUGAAGAUUCACCAAACAGAGGCAGAGCUCUCAGAGAAAACCCAAGGGAAACGACUGUUUAA